AUGGAGGCAGUCACAGUGCCUGAGGUGACCUCAGGAGUUACCCUGAAGGUGCAAGAAGCCAGAACUGCGGACACAGUGGAACCCCAGGAUUGGCCUCGACAGGGUGCUGGCAGCACCCUUCCCCAGCCUGUGCCACCUGUGGAAGAACCCCCCAAGAUCUUACUCCCUCGGAUCUUGAAGCAGACCUACAUCAGGAAGGUGGGGGACACAGUGAACCUGCUCAUCCCUUUCCAGGGUAAACCCAAACCUCGAGCCAUCUGGAUGUAUGAAGGCCGUGCAUUGGACACCAGCCGUGUGAGCGUGAGAACCGGGGAGCAGGACUCCGUUCUCUUCAUGCGUGAGGCCCAGCGGGCUGACUCGGGCCGCUACCAGCUGCGUGUGCAGCUGGGUGGGCUGGAGGACACAGCCACCAUCAACAUCCUGAUUGUGGAGAAGCCUGGCCCUCCCCAGAGUAUCAAGCUGGUGGAUGUUUGGGGCUCCAGCGCUUUUCUGGAGUGGGCUCCUCCCCAAGACACAGGCAACACCGCCCUGCUGGGGUACACGGUACAGAAGGCUGACACCAAAUCUGGGCUCUGGUUCACGGUGCUCGAGGGCUACCACCGUACCAGCUGUGUCAUCUCUAACCUCAUCGUCGGCAAUUCCUAUGUCUUUCGAGUCUUUGCUGAGAACCUGUGUGGGCUCAGCGAGAUGGCUGCAGUCACGGCCGAUGCAGCUCAUGUGCAGAAGGCAGUGGCUGUGUACAAGACAGAAGGGCUUGCACUGAGGGAAUUUUGGGAAGCUCCAAAAUUCACCCAGCCGCUAGCUGACUGCUCUCCUGUCUCCGGCUACAACACUCAGCUCUUCUGCUGUGUCCGUGCCUGGCCCAAGCCCAAGAUCAUCUGGCUGAAGAACAAGAUGGAGAUCCAGGACAACCCCAAGUAUCGAGCACUGACGCAGUUGGGAAUCUGCUCCUUGGAGAUUCGCAAGCCCUGUCCCUUUGAUGGAGGCGUCUACACAUGCAAGGCCAUCAAUUCCCUGGGAGAAGCAUCCGUGGAGUGUCGAGUGGACGUGCAAGAAAAUGGAAAACAUGAGGAAGAGUCUGAAGUUUCUACCACUCCCUCUGCUGCCCCAUCGAAUUGGCGUCAUUUUCCCAAGUGGUUCGUGUACUCAGACUGGGCCUGGAAAGAAAGCAGGAAAGAAGAGAAUUCACAGCCUGCAGGAGCUCCCACCAGCAGAGUCACAGACCUGGCCAUUCUCAGGAAGUUUGCUGUGAAACGCCAUUGUAACCUCUUCUCUGUGCUUCGAGGCAGUCUGAUCAUGUCAAGACCAUCGGGAUUUUUCUCCUACCAGGGACUUGCAGACUUCCGGCUGAUGCCUGCCGACACGCCCCGCCCUAAUGGGCGGGACAACGCCUGGCUCCACCUAUCCGCGUGCGUCUAA